AUGACGUCGCCUCCAAGUCAAACACCUUCGAAACGGCCACCACCUCUUCCUCCACGAGACUCCUCAACCAGUGACGCGCCUCCGCCAUACUCCAUCAUGGGCAUUUCUUCGCAAGACCCGCGCUCCUCUUCAACGCAAUCGCUCGUGCCAGAUCCUGCGCAAGGCGACACAGGGCGACGGCGCCUGAUGCUGGUAUUCAUCCAUGGCUUCAUGGGCAACGAAACAAGUUUCCGAAGCUUCCCAGCUCACGUGCAUAAUCUUGUCACUAUCACACUCGCAGAAUCUCAUGUGGUUCAUACAAAGAUAUAUCCCAGAUACAAGUCGAGAGACUCGCUCGAAAUCGCGAGAGACAAUUUCUCGAAAUGGCUAGCCCCGCACGAAGAUCAAUGGACUGACGUUAUUCUACUCGGUCAUUCCAUGGGUGGGUUACUCGCUGCAGACAUUGCGUUAGUUUUUCGACAUCGUAUCAUUGGAAUCGUGAAUUUCGAUGUUCCGUUCCUAGGCAUGCAUCCCGGGAUCAUCAAGGCCGGACUAGGGAGCAUCUUCAGUGCACCACCAAAGCCGCAAGACGCAAUCGUGCAAGAUGCGGACGUUGGGAAGAAGCCUAGCAGGAUGAGUACGAUUUUCAACCCCAAGCCAACAGACCCCAACUACAACCCGGCCUUCCCAAAUGAUGUUCACCUGGCGAACAGGAAAGGUUGGGAGAAUAGCCUACACUGGCUUACCAAGCACUACAAGGACGGCUUGAAGGAGGCUACGAAAGGCCUCGUCAAGUCUCAUUUCGAGUUUGGCAGCGCAAUGGCCGACUACAAAGAAUUGAAAGACAGAUACGCAAAAGUGCGCGCAUUAGAAGAAGAUGACGAAAGCAAGAGGAAAUCCGGUUAUCCUCAAGCCCACAUAGUACCUCGUGUACGCUUCGUCAAUUACUACACUGCAAGUACUGGGAGACCCAAGAAGCCGAAAUCUCCGAAAUCAUCCUCCCCAAAGUCGCCCUCUCCAUCGCGGUCUUCCAGUCAGCAACUACGGCAUCCUGAUAGCAAUAUGAGUGCUUCAAGUGAAGCUUCACAACCACCACAGUCACAACCAGAGUAUCAGGAGAGGUCUAGAAGUGCAUCAGUCACAUCAUCAGAACCAGAGAUGACUCAUGUGCAUCCCGAACCAAUCGCAGAUUAUCCUGAAUUAUCCAUUCAAGUCCAAGAGCAUCGAGAGGAUGGGGUUGUACCUGUCAAUCCUGAAGAGCCCCUUACAGCCACCAGUCCAGUAGGGUCUCGAGCCUGGGAGGAAUCAGCGCAUGACAGCGCAGGCCCACCAAACUUACCAGAAAUACCACCUAUUCCACAAGAGCCACCAUUCGUGGAUUUGAUGCAAUUCUCUGACAAGGCCCAGCGCAAAGCUGCAGAGAAGGAGCACGAUCAGGCACUGAAGGUGUACCAGAAGGCUGUCAAGGCGCGUAAUAAAACGAUUAAUGAGCGGACCAAGAUGGAGGAGAAAUGGGCAAAGGAAAGAGCCAAGGAGAGCAAGGAACGGGAGAAGGAAGAGAAAAAGAGACAAGAUGAGCAGGAAAAGGCAAGGAAAGAGAAGGAGAAAGAAGACCGGAAGAAGGAAGAGGAGGCAAAUAACAUGACAAGGGAAGAUAGGCAAAGGCAGAAGGAAAGGGAACAGAGACAGGCAGAAGCUGAUCAGAGGGAGGAAGAAGCGCGACAGAGGCAAAGAGAUGCAGACUUGCGCGAUGGAAAGAUACCCGCAGAAGACACAGCUAGACAUACACCAGCACCAACAUCUGCGACGACCGAGUUGGAAGAAGAUAUUGGUGCUAUGGAACUUGGAGAUCAUGAACCGGCCCAACAAGGCCAUCAGGGUCCGUAUGGUCGCUACGAAUUUUCCCGUAGCGGGAUCAUGAGCCAGGAAUCGCCAGACGACCGUGCGGAUUCAUCAUAUACCCUUUCCACAAUGGACAGCCAAAACAGCCAUCGACAGAAGACUGGCUUGGAAGAAAGCGCGCCCGCCAAACAAAAAAAGCUCAAGAAGUUCUGCAUGCUACCACCCAAAGACGCGGAUGGAAAUAAAGACCCUACCUGGAUACGAGUGUUCAUGGAGAACAUGGACGAGGUGACAGCGCACACCUCACUUUUCUUCAUCAACGAGACAUAUGAAAAGCUUGUUGGAGAUGUCGGUGCAAGGAUCGAGGAAUGGGUCAGAGAAGCGGAUAGUGUGCGACUAGUGCGCGAGAUGAGCGAGAUGGAAGACAUGAAGUAA